CUAUUUGGGUGCGCUAGUCACUUAGUUCGGCAUAUCUGACGAACUCACUCGAUCACUGGUGGAAGCCUAUCAGGGAGAUCCAGUUAUGUCAGAGAUCAUCAGUAGAUUCCAAGCAAAGGACAAAAAGACUUCAGACGAAUUUACGACGGUAGAUGGCUUGCUGUUUCUCGAGAAGGCAGUGAAUAAAAGACUAUGUGUUGCUAAUGGUGAGUCUUUACGUAGUUUAUUUUUAGGAGAAUGUCAUGAUGCAACUGGUCAUUUUGGCUAUAGGAAGACAUCACCGAACUUUGUGCAGAGAUUCUGGUGGCCCUCUAUGAUGGAAGAUGCGAAACGCUAUGUUGAAACCUGCGAGGUUUGUCAAAGGGACAAAUUAAGGACUCAGGCGCCGCUUGGGCUGAUCAAGCCCUUGCCGAUUCCUGAAGGACCAGGCCAAAGUGUGUCCACGGAUUUCAUGGAUGCCCUGAUGACCAGCAGGUCUGGAAAAAGACACAUCUUUGUUAUAGUGGAUCGCUUUACUAAGUAUGCAAGACUAAUCGCUAUGCCUGGAACUGCUAAAACUGACUUUGUCAUCAAACUCUUCAUGGACAACUGGGUAAGGGAUUUCGGUUUACCUACGUCUAUUGUUAGUGAUAGGGAUGUAAGAUUCACGAGCGAACCGUGGCAGUCUACUGCUGAACAAAUGGGCACAAAACUCCAAAUGACUUCAGGGAAUCAUCCUGAGUCAAAUGGUCAAGCGGAACAGAUGAAUCGAGUCGUACAGUACCUGCUUAGGCACUAUAUCAAGCCAAGUCAGGACGACUGGGACGAGAAACUACCUCUCGUUGCCAGCCUGUACAAUAACGUUGUGCAUAGUACUACAGGCAUGACUCCCAACCAAUUGCAUCUUGGUUGGAAGCCGCGAACUGCCCUUGACUUUCUGCUACCAGAAAGAGAACCCACUGCAGCACCCGGCAGCAUAGACUUUGUUGUCAAGUAUGAACAGAUGCUGCAGCAGGCCGUUGAACAUAUCAUAAAAUCUCAGGAAGCAAUGAUUGCAUCUGAGAAUAAGCAUAGACGGUCUUCUAACUUUCAGGUAGGCGAGAGAGUCUGGGUUAAGUCCGUUGAGCUUGGUCAGGAGUUAGGCAUAUCCCGCAAGCUAAUGCCACCGUACUUUCAGCCCUGGGAGAUCUUAGACAUUGUAGAAGAUCAACCAGACGGUCCUUCAUAUGCAAUCCGCAUCCCACCUCACUUGCGUACCUACCCUGUGUUCCAUGCCUCUAAGCUAGCACCUUUUGCUGCCACUGAGCAGUUUCCCUCCAGAAGAUCAAUGCUGCCCCCAACCAUGGAUGGCGAAGUGGACGUGGACCAGAUCAUUGAGCAUCGAGUGAUGCCUGUUCCUCGGCCAUCGGGCAGAGGGAGCCCUCCGAAGCCGAGAAUGCAGUAUCGUGUGAGCUUCAGACAUCAUCUGGAUCCUAAGGAGGAUCGCUGGUUCACACGAGAAGAACUCAUGAGAACGGCACCUCAAGUGAUUGCAGGCUACGAAAGAGCACUCAAAGGGAAGAUGCCUGCUGAAUAAGAGACUUCUCAGAGGACUCACGAAGUAAAGGAGGGAAUGUGAGGAUCAGGGUCCUUGGUAGGCCUACGGGGCCCUGUUUACGGCAUUGCCCGCCCUAAGUGAAGGCGGAGGUGCCUGCCCUAAGUGAAGGCGGGCCUGACAUAUCGCAAGAGGCGCUCGACUAUCAAAUUCAUAUUUUGGGGUCCAGGCAGUUGCGAGGCGCCAGUCGGUUGAGAGAAACUCAGGUCGGGCAACAAAAACAUUUCCACGGC